ACGAUAUCAACAAUGGUGGAAGUGGUGGAGCGUGGUGGUUGAGGCGGCGACGGUGGUGGUGGUGACGGUGGCGACGAUGGUGUUGGCGGCCGUAGUUGCGGCAGUGGUGGUGGUGGUUAAUUUAUAUUCAAGCACACUCAUAUCAUGUCUUAUAAAAAAAAUGUUCUAUAUGGUGGACUAAAUAAUCCAUGAUUUUAAUAUAUAUAUAAGAGAGGAUUGAUGUAUAAUACUCAAGCAAUGAAGGCUUGGUGUCUUGCUAAAUCUGUAGGCAUGUCUUUCCCUGGUAGUGAUGAAGAUGCUGUUCGGGGGUUGGCCGCUGUUAUUAAGGAGAAUUGUCCUUCUAGGUGUUAGGGAGGGUGUUUUUUUUUUUUUUUGUUAGGUUGGUGUUUUGGUGUUUCUUGUUUGGCUUGGUGGUGUUUUCUUUUUCCUAUCUUGUUGGGUUGUAUCAUCUUUUAUUUAUUAUUGAAUAAUCUCUUUUUCUUUUUGCUCUCAAAAAAAAAUAAUACUCAAGCAAUGUUGAGUAGUUGAGUAUUUUGUCGUUUCUCAUGUUCUUGAGCUCUUCUACACCGCAUUGUUUUGCCAUGGACCCGACUAGCAAAGUUUUCUAUUUCAGUUUACAAACUGCAUGUCCCUACCCUUUCCCUCUCUACAAAGUUGUUCUUUUCUUCCAUCCUUAUUUCACUUGGUUUCUCUUUUCAACAUAACAGAAGUAUUCUUUUAUCAUUGUCUGUUAUUAUUAUAUUUCUGUCUUCCCUCCAUCAAUUGAGGAACUGAGAGAAGCAAUCCCAAAACCCUUCUCAUGUUUAUUCUCAAACUUGUUCUUUUCUUCCAUCCGUAUUCCACUGGCUUCUCUUUUCAACAUAUAACUCAUACAUUCUUUUUUUCAUUAUUAUUAACAUUAUUUUCUCUUUUCCCUCAUUAAUUGAGAAAUUGAGAGUGGAAGCAAUCCCAAAAUUCAAAUUACCUUCUUCUCAUGUUUGUUCACAAAGUUGAAUUUGGUCUUAACUGGGUGAUAAGGAAGGAAUUGCACCGUUUCACUCCAAGUGCAACUUUGGCUUUGAGUGCUUUUGAAGCUCUAACUCUUGAUGGGAAUUGCUUUUACCAAAUGGACGUGCACAUUCUUAUUUUGUUGUUGUCUCAUCAUUUCUGUAGUAUAUUCAGGUAAGUGGAGGGGUUACAUGGGGGUUCUAAAGUGAGAGGAGUGAACUUAGGAGGCUGGCUUGUUAUUGAAGGUUGGAUUAAGCCUUCACUGUUUGAUGGCAUUGCCAAUGGAGACAUGCUUGAUGGGACGGAGGUGCAGUUGAAGUCGGUGACGUUGGAGAGGUAUGUAUCUGCAGAGAAUGGUGGAGGAAUGAAUGUGACAGUUGACAGGGAUGCCCCAUCUUCAUGGGAAACCUUCAGGUUAUGGAGAGUAUCUGAAUCAGAAUUUCAAUUCCGUACCUCUGGUGGCCAAUUUCUUACAUGUGAUGGUGGAGGGUGCACUGUCGCUGCGACAGCAAAAUCAGCUUCAACAUCAGAGACAUAUGAAAUUGAGCGCAAUGAGAAAAGCAGGAUUCACAUCAAGACAAAAAACGGGGCGUAUCUGCAGGCUACCACAGGUGGUCAGCUAACAGCAGACUAUCCAGACACACCAGGAUGGGAUAACAAUGCUGCCACCUUUGAAAUGAUAAUUGUAGCAAAUUACUUACGUGGAGAUUACCAGCUAGCAAAUGGAUAUGGGCAUGAUCCCGCAAAAGAUGUUCUUAAGAGACAUAGAAAUAGCUUUAUCACUAUAGAGGAUUUCAAAUUUCUAAAUAAACAUGGAAUAAAUACUGUGAGGAUACCAGUUGGUUGGUGGAUUGCUUUUGACCCUGAUCCUCCAGAUCCAUUUAUUGGAGGAAGUCUUGAAGCUCUAGAUAAUGCAUUUUCAUGGGCACAAGAAUAUGAUACAAAAUGCAUAAUUGACCUUCAUGCUGCUCCUGGUUCCCAAAAUGGAAUGGAACAUAGUGCCAGCAGAGAUGGAUUUACGGGCUGGCCGACUUCUCCGGAUUUCAUUUCAGAGUCAUUACAUGUUAUUGAAUUUUUGGUUUCUAGAUAUGCAAGACAUCCUGCGUUGCUGGGAAUCGAGCUUUUGAAUGAAUCAUCUGCUCCCGCAGUUCCAUUAGAUACUUUAAUUUCAUACUAUAAACAGGGCUACCAAAUUGUUCGGAAACACUCGUCAUCAGCUUAUGUGAUAAUCUGCCAGAGAAUUGGCAAUGCAGAUCCUAUGGAACUUUAUCAAGCCAACAUAGGAUCUCACAACUUAGUUUUGGAUUUACAUUUCUACAAUCUCUUUGACACAUUUUUUGUUAAUAAGAGCGCUGAGGAUAACAUACAGUACAUAUACAAAAGCAGGGAAGGUCAAUUGCAGGCCUUGAACAAUUCAAAUGGUCCACUCGUUUACAUUGGAGAGUGGGUGAAUGAGUGGAGUGUGACAAGCGGAUCACAAAAAGAUUAUCAGGACUUUGGAAGGGCGCAGUUAGAUGUCUACAAUGAAGCUUCCUUUGGAUGGUGUUAUUGGACUAUAAAAAAUGACAGGGUGCAUUGGGAUUUUGAAUGGAACAUUAGGAACAACUAUCUUCAAUUAGCUAUUUAUCUUUGCAGGCAACUCACCCAGCAAACAGAACUUUAUCACUUUAGGAUUGUUAGGAAUAGCAUUCACCUGGUUUUCUCUUCUUCCCUUUUUAUGAAAUUUCUUAAAUGGCUGAAAGCAUAUUUGGUGCAGCUAUAUAUAUUUUUUUAAUAUACUUUGCUAUUUUGUUCACAUUGUUGGAAAUUAUAGAAUGCAAUAAAGUUGGGUGUGUGCCAGUACCACUUCAUAUAUAUGUAUGCACUCUCAACAUGCAAAAGGCUCAAUUUUCAGAGCGGUAUUUUAUGCAAAUAAGAGUGAUAAGCUUGAUAUCCAAAGUUACAUUCCAUAAAUCAAUAUGU